CUGGACACAUAGCGAGGACUCGGGGUGCCCUCUACUGGCCGCUCCGGGUAUUGCACCCCCCGCUGCAGACUGCGGGGACCGCGGGUAUUGAGAGUGGACCCGGAGCCCGGCAGCAUGAACCCGGGGAGCCGCUCCCAUUCGUCCCCGGAGCAAGAAAGCGCAAAGCCGGGUGUCACGCGAAGCCACACGUCCUCGGAGGUCGCUAACUCGAAGUCCGCCGCACGCCCCGAUCCUUCCUCGGAGGCCGGUAACGGCGGCUCCAGCCCAUCGGACCGGUUCGGGGCGCUCAGUACCGAGCAGCUCCGGCAGCUCCUCCAGGACGAGGGCAAAUUGCAGCGUAUUGUCCGCCUGAGCGAGCAGGUGCAAUCGCUUCAAGAGGAGAGGAAAGCUUCUCUGGCUUCUAACUUUGAACUUGCUCAGAAAAACCUCUCCCUUCGCCCACGUCUGGAAACUGGGAAAGCCAACCUGGCUAUCAAGUAUCAGCUGCUUCGGGAGACGUGCGCGUCCUGUAGAGGAAAGCUACGAAAGAUCCAGUGCCUCUUGCAGGAAUGUAACCCCCACGUUGCACUCAGUCACCUACAGGAGGAGCUGCAGAGCACAGAGGCAGAAUGUGAGGCCCUUUCCCAGCUGUUCCUGGAGGGCUCCCUCCCUCUCCUUGUUUUUUUGGAUUCUUAUCAUUUGCUUCGUGCUCAGUGUCACAUCCGCAGAAUCCAGAAUGAGAAGCUGCUUGAGAUUUUGGGAGAGACUCUAGACCAGGACGCACCGCCCCAAACCCAGGAACUGACUGCUGAACGUGAAUUGCCCCCUCAGUCCAACAAAAUAUCCUCUGACCAGAACAUCCCCCCAAAGCUUCAGGAACUUCCUCCACAGUCCAGAAAACUUCCCCCCAAGCAAGCCUUGCCCCAACCUCAAGCCACCAAAUUGCCAUCCAAUCGGGACCCUAAAGUCAAGCCUCGUGAUGUGGCUCCAGGGGGGCAACAGCCUUCUCGACCCCGAGAACUGCCCAUCCAGUCCAGUAAACUUCCCCCUGACCGGAAACUGCCUUCCAACCCCAAGGAAAAGCCCCACAAUCCCAGAGAUCAGAACCCACAGGCAUGUGCUCAACCCAUUCCUUCCCCUGCUGCUCCCUCACAGAUGCCCCCUGCUGUGUUUCGUCUGCCUCCUCUGCCAUGUGGAAUGACACCUGCACUGCUAAUCCCAGCAGAGGUGCUCUCUCCUUUUCAGGGUCCAUCUGCCCAGUCCCCUGGAUGCCUCCCACCACUGGGACGUCCUAAUGCUCAGCAGCAACAACAGCCCCCAAGGGCCCCUCUGCGCUUCAUUGCUCGCAUCUACUUCCUGAGCACUCGGCACCUCAGGGUGCUGUCCAGAGCCCAACGGCAGCAGCAGCAGCACCCUCCGAAGCGAUAAGUGACAGGCUUCUGUUGGAUAAGGGAGUGGGGCAAUUUAUGGGACGGGGGACAGGGUAGUUGUCAGUGUGUAAGUGCGCUGCUGUGUGUGCGCAUGUAUGUCUGCAGGAGAAGUGGUUUUCUUUGUUAGACUGAGUUGUUUGAUUCACUUCUGGGCCUGUGUGAUGCAUGCUUGCUUGGUGACGAGUGUAUAUAUGAACUGUGUACAGUUGUUAUUUCAUAUCUCUCCCACUUUGGACACAAUAUGCGUCCUGUGUCUUUUUGGAUGCAACAUGCACUCAGUGCUUCUCCUUUUUAGUGAGUAUAAAUCACAGAUCCGCAACAUGUUACUUUGCUGGACAGCAGCUCCUAGCAAGCCUCAGCAGGGAUACCAGGAGUUGUCAGACAGCUAAUAAGAUAUAAGUUGAAGAUCCGAGCCCCAUCCAGUAUAUAGCUAUGGAGUGAAUCCUGCAGGUAAUUAGGUGUAGUGUGCUCAGCACUGCAAGAAGUUUUCAUUAAUGAUGCGUGUCUCUGUUGUGUGAAUGUGUGUUGGGCAAUAUACUUCAUGUCGAAAUGUUACGUUUGAAUGAGCUCCACCAAAUACACGUGAUUUAAGUUACCUGUGUAAAUGCCCCUAUCCCUGUAUUCCUAAUGCUUUCCUGUGUUGAAAGUGCAUUGGUGGUAUUAGACUUUAUCAGCCCUCAAAGUGUGCAUCAUACUGUACUUUAAAUGAGUGCGGCCAGACUGAAUGCACUGUGCACAAACACAUUCCAGUGAGUACGCUAAUGUAAUAUGGGAGCAGUGUGUUUAUACCUGAACUUCCAGCCUGCACCAGCAAUAGCUUUAUAUGUGGUCAAGAGCCUCGCAGUUGCUCUCACUUCUGUGUUUAGGCAGCCAUAUUUGCUUUAUUUAUGUUCUGCAUGCUUGUUAUUGAUAGCUUAUGUCAUUUUUAAGUGAGAUAUCUGCAAAAAAACGUAGGAGUGUUUUAAAAAAUAAUACUCAGGUGUUGGAUUAAUAAAGUUGUGGAUUAAUACAGUGACCCUACUGCUGCAAUAGGUAUCCUUUGGCUCGCCAUCAGUUGCUGAAGUUGCAGCUCUUUAACACCUGCAGUGUUAGAGCUUUUUAUACAGCUGCCUAUGAUUUCAUUAGGAAACUGCAUUCUAAGCUAGAUUUACGAUGCUAGAGAUAAUAUAUACAGACACUGGAAGUUAGUAGCAGAUUUUAAGGCCUCACUAGGGACUGCCAGGCUUUAUAUAGUCAUAUUGCUUGGCUUAAGUCCGUCAAGCAAUGUGAGACUUUCCAUCCAUCUCCAUCUGAGUCUUGAGGGCUUAAUUACUAGCGAAUAGUCACUAGUAAUUAAGCCCUCAAGACUCAGAUGGAGUUAAAGUAUGGUAUAAUUAAAUUCAUGGCAUGGCAUGAUACAUAUUGAUAUCUUACAGCAACCAAAACCAUAGGGAAAAAGUUUAGCAGCACAAUGUUGCUGAUGGAUUGAAGACUAGGGAAUGUUUCCCUUGUUUAUCCUCAUUUUAGGAGCUGGAUUAGCCGUGAGGUUAUCUCUAGGUAUAUGUUUGUAUAUAGUGUGAAGCCAAUGGACAGCAAAUCGAAAGGCCUACACAUUUUAUUCUCUGCUCUAAUGCAGGAGAUUGUGCAGAUGUAUACAUUUAGAGACGAUUUUUCAGGUGGUUGCUUAGUGUAGUGGCUCAGUAAUGUAAAGCAUAGGGUUGCCAUGCUGUAUUUAUUUAUGUGUGCUUUUCUUCUAGGCAGCACAUGAACAGGUUUUAAAACAGGAAGCUUUGUGUAUAUGAGAGAUAUUCUGGUCCUCUGAUGGCUUUGAAGCAAUUAUAUUUGUAG